AUGCUUGGCUGUACAGGUGAGCAAACAGAAGGACGCUGGAUUGCCCUUCGUAAUAUAUUCACCAAAAAAUUACGAGAAGCAAAGACAGGUCAACCCAGUGGUUCAGGAUCGAAAAAAACCAAAAUAUGGAUCUAUUUCAAACAAAUGUCGUUCUUAAUACCGCAUAUUUCUCAUAGAAUGUCACGCAGCUCAAUAACAGCAUCCCAGGAAGAAAAAAGCCUGGCAUCACAGAACAUUACAGGGUCCUCAAUACUUAUUGAAGACUCUACAGUAAGAACAAUGUCAAGUCCAUCAAAUGAUGUAUGGAAUUCUAUGUAUCUAGUGACUGGCUCAGAUGAUAAUAUUAGCAAUCCUUCACUUGAUGAGAUCUUAUCAGCUAGUACUGCCUCUAGUAUUGCCUCACCAAUAGCUUCAGAUCACCAAUCUGUUGUUACUUCAAACGACCUUGAAGACGAUGUAUCUGAAUGUACGAAUAAUAGAGUGCAAAAAGAGAUAGCUGCAAACGUCAUUACUAAGACCAAGGAUAACAAAGUUAUCCAAAAAAAGAAAGUAGUGCCACCUCUAGAUCAAUUUGCAAUAAAGAAGCAGAAGAGAACGGAAACACUGGAGAACGUAUUAUGUCAAUCUUCUCAUGCCUUGAAUGUAAUGGCAUCGGCGUACUUACAUCGUUCUACUGAUGAAGAGAAGCCACAGCAACAGCAGCAGCAGCAUCCAUAUAUUACAGCAAUAGCUGAAGCAAUGAAACAAGUACCACAUGAACAGCAAUUGACUUGUUUCAUGUCGAUCAUGCAAGUAAUUUCAACGCAAUGUGGAAAGGUCAUGGAAAAGUAA